AUGGCGGAUCAGUCGAGAAGCAUCGAGUCCAUCCUCGCCGCCCUAGCGCAGCGACCGACACCGACUCCAGGUCAGCAACCUCCUGCAGGUGCCGGAUACCAACAAACACCGCCUCCCAAUGCGUACCCGCCGCCGAUGCCUCACGGAGCCCAACCCACACAGUAUACCCCGAGCGCAUACUCUCUUCCCCAGCCUUCGUCUAGCGGAAAUCUUGACUUGAGUGCCAUCAAACCUGUCAACUCUGGCACCGUCGAUAUUGCGGAUGCUAUUGCUAAAGCGAAGGCCUUUGCCAAUGAGAAGGGCAUCUCAUCAUAUGAUAUCUCACGCGCACCACCUCCUGCUGCUCAAUAUGGCGAUGCCAGACAUUAUAGAUCUCGCUCUCGUUCGCCACCUGCACGUCGUGACGCGUUUCGUGACAACUUCAACCCAUACAGAGAUGAGCGACGUGAUGACGGCCGUGGCAAUGCUCGUGAUUAUGGGGGUGGACACGAACGCUCCAUGUCUCCGGGUCCUGGCAGAGGCCGAUCCUCUGGCACCUUUUCUCCUCGUGGCUCCAACGGCCGUGACCGCGGCGGCGCUGAUGAUGAUUCAGAAACUGUUCAGAUUGAAUCCAGCCUAGUGGGCCUCAUCAUUGGGCGUCAAGGCGAGAACCUCCGACGCGUUGAAUCUGAGCACGGUGUGCGCGUACAAUUCAUUACUGGUCCUGACAACCAAGGCCCGUAUCGCCAGUGCAGAAUCUCUGGUCCUCGUGCAAGACGUGCUGAGGCUCGCGCUGCCAUUGAUAAAAUCAUUGAAGACUCGGGCAUGGGUGCCCUCGCUCGUGCCGGACUUGACAGCUCGCACAGUGGAGGUCGCGGUGCUGCUGCUCACGCUCCUGGCCCUGCCACCCUGCGCGAAGGCGAAGACUGCAUGCAAAUCAUGGUUCCUGAUCGUACCGUUGGUCUCAUCAUCGGCCGUGGAGGCGAGACUAUUCGCGAUCUCCAAGAACGAAGCGGAUGCCACAUCAAUAUCGUGGGUGAAAAUAAGAGUAUCAAUGGCCUGCGACCUGUGAAUCUCAUUGGCACACCUGAGGCGUCUGCUCAAGCCAAAGGCUACAUCAUGGAGAUUGUCGACAGUGACAACCGCAAUGCUGCUAAUGGUGGCGGCGGUGGCGGCGGUGGAGUUGCUGCCAAACCCGAACGUCACCAUAAAAAUGAGCAUGGCCGUGACCACGGCCAAGGCGCCGCUGUUGGCGACAAGAUCAAUGACUCUAUAUAUGUCCCCUCCGAUGCUGUUGGCAUGAUCAUUGGUAAGGGUGGUGAGACUAUUCGAGAGAUGCAAAACACGACUGGCUGCAAGAUCAAUGUCUCCAGCUCUACCGGUCCUGGCGAGGUCGAGCGUGAGAUUGGGUUAGUGGGAUCGCGUGAUGCAAUCAACAGAGCCAAGCGUGCCAUCGAGGACAAGGUUGAUGCAGUACGUCAAAAGAACAAUGGAGGAGGUGGUGGUGGUGGUGUUGGUGGUGGAGGCCGAGGAGGCCGCAACCAGAACCAGGGCCGCCGUGACUAUGACAACCCCAACUAUUCCCAGCAAAGUUCCAGCAACCACACUCAAUCAAACGCGGCACCUGGUGGCCAGCCCCCCGCCCUUGCGAAUGGUGCUGCCGACCCAUAUGCGCCCUAUGGUGGCUACCAAGCUUAUGUCGCCCUGUGGUACUAUUCCCAACAACAAGCUCUGGCUGGUGGUCAAGCUGGCGGAGACAUGCCAAAGCCUCCUGGUGCUUAG